AUGGUCGAGUCAACACAACAACCCUCUAGUUGCCUGAUCUGUCGCCGACGGAAGAUCAAGUGCGAUCGCACUCCUGGGUGCUGCAACAAAUGCCGUGCAUUUGGCGAGCACUGCGUCUAUGCGACGGAAGCCGCCGCGGAUGUCGGUGCUGCCAGCGAUGCAGGCAUCUGUCCCAGCGACUCCAUCACCCAGGCUGGACUCAAGCGCCGACGCGUCCUGCGAUCCUGCUUUGAGUGCAAGCGGACCAAGGCCAAAUGCUCUGGCGGUCCUGUAUGCACCAGAUGCACCAAGAAGGGCAUCGAGUGCAGUUUCUACGAGCCAGACUCCGACUUCCGAGAGGAGUCGACCACCCCGCAGAAAUUCUCGCGCUCUAUGCCGACAUGGCUGGCGACGAGGAAUCUGCCUCCCAUCGAUCAGAUUCGCGAGCUGAUCGACAUCUACUUUGCCCAAAUCCACACCGUGCGCUGCAUGGGCUUCUUGCACAUCCCGAGCUUUAUGGAGCGUUUUAAAGACCAUCGGAAAGUCUACUCCGAAGUGUCGGGCCUUAUCUACAUCAUGUGUGCUUUAGCUGCUCCAUUCUAUUACGCAAAACUCCACGGUACGAACGAGGAAGACGUAAGCGCUAGCAUCCGCUUCUUCGAUGCCGGCAAGGGCUGGGCGGAGGCGGCCAUGCAGUGCGUCUUUUCGAAUUUUGGUAACCCAUCUGUCGAAUGCCUCAUGACUGAGAUCCUCCUCCACGAGCAUUAUUUACGAAGUGGCGAUUACACAAAAGGAUUUCUGAUUUCCGGCUUCAUCGCUAGACGAGUACAACUUCUGCAACUCAACAUCGAGAAUGACUACGAUGUUCUGUGUCAAAGGGGCCAGUCGUCGUGGGCGCUUAAUGAAAGCAGACGGCGUCUUUUAUGGGCUUGCUAUCUAUUGGAUGCAUCUAUCGAAUGUGGUAUUGACCAGCUUCGCUUUAUGUCCUCCGACGAUGUGCAGGUCCAGUUGCCCUGUACCGAAGACCUUUUUGUACGAAACACACCGUGCAUCACGGAAAUGCUACCCCGAGGCAAGCUGUUGCCUUUUGUCGACCCUGCUCUAGCCAAUAGAGCUGCAGAAAAUGUCGACAUGCGGGGAUAUUAUGUCAGGGCGAUGGUCAUUCGCUCUAAGAUACUACGAUAUGUCAAACACUUGGAUGGAGAUAUCCCAUGGCAGGCAACCCCUAACACGCAAUUCCACCAGCUCGAUGCUGAAUUAAGGGAUAUUGAGAGUUCUAUUACGGAGAGCCUCAAAAUGUCACCCGAAAACAUCUACAUUUACAAGGCAUCCGGUCGCCUGAAUCUAUUUUUCGGCCUUCAUAUUCUCAUUUCGCAAACUUUCAAUGAUCUGUAUCGCAUUGGGGUGCCGAAGUUGGUCUUUCCCAAUGGUGCCACAAGAUGGAUUCGUGAAAACGCGCCGGCAGAGUUCAUAAAUCUCUGCCAUCGCACAUGCAUCAGUAAAGCGGCUUAUAUCGGCUCCCUUCUAAAGGACUUAUGGAAUUGCCACAAGCAAAGCAUCAUAGAUAUUCCGUAUGCAGUGCAUACACAGAUAUGCAGUAGCGUGCUGGUCACGGGUCUCAGUUCAUGGUCCGAACCCGAACCUAUACUCCCCCUACUCUCCCAUAACGAUUACCUCGAAAUCCUCCAAAGCAACGUGAAAAUCCUCAAAUAUCUUCAGAGAUACAUCAAAGCAGACCGGUACUACGAAUCUGCCAACCAGGCACUUCGACGCUUCAACAUCCUUUUCGCUCACGAGCGCGCCGGCCAAGGACGAAGAAGAGUCACUUCAUCGAUAGACUCUAGUAUUAGCAACAGCAGCGUUGCGAUGGACGGGGUCGACAAUACCACCACCAACACUCCAAAUACAUCCCAGUUUUCCUUAGAAUACAUCUUGAACCCACUGGGGACAUACCCUAUGGCUCGGAAGCAAGUAUACGACCGCCAUCCGUCAGAGUCAAGCGACGAGACGACGUCUGCCGAACCGGGACUUGGACGUUCAACCACUUUCUCCAGUCCGGAGCUGCAGUCACCAGGUGCAGACAGUUUGUCGAGUCACGAAGACAGUUUCUACCCAAUCCCAGACUGGGGGUCAGAAAUCCCAAUUAUGGAUGGGAUGGGGUAUCCUACUUUUUUGGAACAAUUUCCGGCAGGGUUAGAGGUUAUAUAUUAA